AUGGCAAAUCAGCACGAUCUUAUGCCCUACGCAAUAUUGCUCAUUGCUGCGCUUUCAGAGCCCCAGACUGACGGGAAACAAGAAAAUAAUGAACCGGAAGUGCUGAACUGGCGAAGAGGAUGGUGUGGGAAGGGCCCUGGUCGUCGAUUAGGUGACCUCCUCGUUCUAAUGAGAGCAAUCAUCUGUUGUGAAGAUGAGAAGGUUGGCUUUUUCGUGAUGAGUCAAGCGGCUUGUGCUAAUCUUGGACUGAGGCAUAAAGCGAUGGUGGAGAUCCGAAGACUUCGCACACAAUUAACCAAUAUUGUAAACACAUCGUUCAAGUCAAGUACUGACAUUGUGAUGGAUCCUUGCCUUCCUCCACCGUCCGAUACCCAAGCGCAGAUGUUGAGACAGAUGAUGGUUGCCGGUUUGGCAGAUCGUAUUGCUCGACGCGUGGAUCGAUCUGCUGAUAACGAAGAAGUGCCGAAGGGAGCAUAUCAAACGAUGAAACUUCAGGAAUUCGUCUUUAUCGAUCCAUGCAGCGUCAUAUAUACUGAAGAGCCGGACUACGUAAUCUAUCAGGAAAUAGUCCAAUUAGGAGAUAAGAAAUGCAUGCAAUGUGUGAUGAUGGUGGAUCAUGAAUGGUUACCCAGACUUGCUGAGUCAUACUGUAAUUUUGCCUCAAUGGACAAAGAUACAGAGCCAAGAUACGACGCAGAAAAAGAUGAAAUAGUGAAGAGUGUAGCCGUGACAUUUGGUCCACUGGAAUGGCCCCUUGAUCCAAUCGAGCGACCUAUUCCUAAUGACAUUAUGCUGUAUAGAUAUUUUGCUCAGUUUCUUCCUAGCAGGAGAGGUAAAUAUUUUAACGCUUUUGUAAUGCCACUGCUGGCCCAGUUUGUGCCGAAAAUGUUGGCGCCGCCUACGACAAUGGUCCGAUCGUGGGCGAAAUUGCAGAAGCGCACAGAAAGUCUUCUGAACGCGCUGGUACUGAAAGAUGUUCAUACAAGAGCGGCACUGAUUGAAGAGUUCAAGAAGAAUGAAAACUACCUUCUUGAAGAAUAUUUGGACUGGCUACCGGAGUCCCUACAUGGUACGAUAACCGUCAUGUGGCCACCAAUGGAGGAGAAGUCUUCGAAGAUGGGU